UGAAGCAGGUUGCAGCGACAAAGCUUGGGCCACCACGGAAAACCCAGCUGCCCGCCCAGCUCACAUCAUCUUCCCUCGCUACUGCUGUCAACUACCAAACAAUCCGAAGCUAGCUUAUCUACAGCUUUCCUCUACUAGUUUCGCUUUCUCCUCUCGUCUGUUCACCGGCUGCAAGUACGGGCAAAAGCUGCUUCCAUCCUACUGGCACUUAGAAGCCCUAUAGCGACAUCGGCAGAACGCGAAGAGCUCCGCAACCGUCUAUCCUCCUUGCGGCCGUACAAGCUUGUGAUCGUGGUCGCAUCACACCUCCUCGAUCUUCGAUUUCUUCCCGGUUCAGACUCGCCGAAAUGUCGGGAGAGGCGUGGUUAUACCUUUUUGCCGUCAUUAUAAAUGCGGUCAACCUCUUCCUUCAGGUGUUCUUUACCAUCAUGUACAGCGAUCUGGAAUGCGACUACAUCAACCCGAUUGACCUCUGCAACCGCCUGAACACUUACAUCAUUCCCGAAGUCGCCGUCCAUGGAUUCCUGACCUUCCUGUUCCUGAUCAACGGAUACUGGUUACCCUUGAUUCUCAACCUGCCGCUCCUCGGCUGGAAUAUCAAGAAGAUUAUCGACAACACCCACCUCCUAGAUGCGACGGAAAUCUUCCGGAAGUUGAACGUCCACAAGAAGGAAUCUUUUACGAAACUUGGUUUCCAUCUCGUCCUGUUCUUCUUCUACCUUUACAGCAUGAUUGUCGCCUUGAUCAAGGACGAGGCCCACUAAGCCCCUCACCGCUAGUCCUGUUCAACUACCGCCUUUCUCCCCGCCUCGGGAAACUGGCCGUUUCGGGGAAAAGCGUGGUAUGUACAACGACAUGGGGGCUAUCGCGCGAAUGAGACACGGCGUCAAUCUAUAUAGACUGGUUCGGGCGGCCUUGGUCGAGGUGAC